CGAUGGCCGCCCCCGCCGUCUCCAUCCGCGCGUGCCGAGCCGAGGACUGCGCGGACAUCGUGCGCAUGAUUCGGGAACUGGCCGAGUUUGAGAAUUUGUCUGAGCAGGUAAAAAUCAGUGAUCAAGGUCUCUGUGAAGACGGCUUCUGCCAGGACCCCUUCUAUAAGUGCGUGGUGGCUGAGGUCCCCCGCGAGUGCCAAAGCAAAGAUGGCCACACUCUCAUAGGCUACGGGCUCUACUUCUUCACGUACAGCACGUGGAAAGGCAGGAAUAUCUAUAUGGAAGACCUGUACGUCAUGCCAGAAUUCCGGGGAAAAGGAAUCGGGAAGAAACUCAUGAGCACAAUUGCCCAGAUUGGCUUGGAGCAGGGCUGCACGCAGAUGAAGUUUUCCGUCCUAGACUGGAAUCGCCCGGCCAUCGACUUCUACCUCAGCAAAGAGGCCACGGACCUGACAGCCACGGAGGGAUGGCACGUCUUCCGCUUCGAAGCAGAGGCCAUGCGGCGACUGGCGUCGGGGGAAUGAGCCAGGGCUGAGGGCGUAGGCUGAAGAUCUGGGGUGUCCUGCCAAAUCUUCAGGAGCAGAAGGUCCCUGCUCCCCAGCUCCGUUUUCUCUUGGGAACCCAGCAGUCCUGACCGGCCGCAUCCUUUGUGGUCAACUACAUCAGCCUUCUCCAACCCGGGGCCCUCCAGACGUGUUGGAGGAGAAUCCCAGCACCCCAGGAAUCCCAGCACCCCUCACUCGUGUCAGAGCCUGCGCCAGCUGACAGAACCGGGUAGAAUUUAGCGGCUUCUUUUGGGAGCACCGACUUCAUCAAGGCUUUGUGGGUUAGCAAUCAAAUAGAAAA